AUGGAGUCAUGCAGUGCAUGCCAGCAACCUGCUCGCUAUCGCUGCCCCUCAUGCCAGCUCAUGACAUGCUCACUAGCAUGCUUCACGACACACAAGGAAGUCACCGGGUGCAGUGGAAAGGCAGACCUUCCAACCGCCUAUAUCCCCUUAACAGAGUAUGACGAGAAUGCCUUCUACCGGGAUAUAGCUUUCCUUCAGCGAAAGAUUAUCCAUGCACCGGAAUCCCGUGCUUCUGAUGAUGCCAUGGAUCCGCCUUUCGCGCUCUGGACGUCAGGCAGGCAAAGCCUCGCUACCCUUCAGGCACGCUACAAAGAGUACAUAGAUUUGCCCUAUUUUACUGAGACGCAACGCGCUAUAAUGCAAGCGUGUUUGCAGCGCGAGACGUUCCUGUGCAUGGCACCACCUGCAUCUGCCAGGCGACGGUAUGUCCCUACCUACGAUCUCCGCGCAGACCUCCUCAAAUGGCCUCUCAGGGUACGCCUUGUCAAUUCAGAGACAAGUCUGCUCAUAGAUAGGAUGCUACCCGCCAUCCCAGAGACAGACACCAUUCAAAAGAUUCUCGAGGCGAUUCUCUCCACCCCUUGCUCCAUUCUGGAUUCAACAGACAACCCUGCAAUCUUUCUUGAGGAUGAACGACUGUCUUCUGAGGCUACUCGACCUACAGAGCUUUUGCGCGCGUCUCUCCGCAUCCCUCCAUCUUGCUAUCUCACACCACUUAGGAAACUCCUGGCCCACCACUUCCUCAUGCAAUACCCCGUCUUCACAAUACUCACGUAG